AUGAGCAAUGGAUCAGAAUUACCGGGGGAGUUUAGAGAUGAGAGCUACGAGAUCACCCAGGUUCCUGAGGACAUUGGUCAUCUUCAGACGCUAAACCCGAAGCCUCCGCCAAACACCCAAUGGAAGGCAUCUUCGCGAACAGUAGAGGAGACUCUUGCCCAGGGUCUGUCCAAUGAAGACCUGUGGAUGCUGAUCCGACGUUUUGACAAGCAAAUCUACCAUGUGAAAGCGGUUCAGGAUACAGCUUCUCAGAAAUUGGAUCUCAAUCGCACUGAAAAUGAGCAGUUUCCGCCCGAGAAACUGCGCAUCACGCUUGAGAGAUUCUACACCUCGGUGGUUGUUGGAGUGGUUGAAUUUAUCCGCCAUAUUACGCGUCUACGAUCAUGGAAGGAACCAGUUCGGACGACAAUCUUCUGCACGGGCUAUUUUGUCGCCUGGGCUGUGGAUCUCUUGGUUCCAGCCAUUUUGGGUCUUGUCGUUGCCUUGAUAAUGGUUCCGCCCGUCCGGCUAUUACUAUUCCCUGGCCUGGCUAAGACGAAAGACUCACAUGGAAGUAGCUCUGGGGGAGGCCAGGUUGAAUCCGAGGAUAGCCUCACUGGUGCUCCGGAAAGCCACAAGGGUGAAGCCGCUGAACAAGAGGCUAGAAACCUAGUGGAUAACUUUGCUAAUGUCGCGAUGGAGAGCGCGGCAGCAAAGUAUGGCCAGACUGUCACUGAAGAGUCGCCCGAAAGGGAUGCAAUUACUGACGGUUUAGAAGCUGCAGAGGCUGCAGCGGGAACCCCGACCGGUGAUUCUCCUGAAGACAAAACUAAGAAGCCUAUGAAGAAGAAGGUUGCGCACGCGACCGAUAAUGUCAUGCGCGUUUUGAGCGAUAUUACUGAUAUCUAUGAGAAAUUUGCCAACAUUCUUUCUCCUACACCACCGUUCUUUCUGGUUACAUCUAGGCUACGCCUUGCAAGCAUCUUUACAUUGGUGUCUGUUGUUAUGCCCUUUACAUCUAGUUACUGGAUUAUCAAGCUCUUUGGAUUUACACUUGGACUAGGCUUCUUCGGUGAUCCAAUCUUCACCUACACCCUGAAUCUACUGAACAGCAAAGUACCGAACUGGAAAGAUCAACUUGAUUUACAGAAGAUCCAGGACGCUUUUGAAGGGCGUUCCUACAAAUGCCCAGCUUACAUUGACUCUACUCCGAAUUGGCGAGAUCAAUUCUUCGCCAUUGCCACCAGCCCCUCCCCGGAUGAUAAUGAGCCGGUUUGGCCCAUGCGCCGCAAGAAAUCUCCAGCAGCGAGCUCCACAGAUCUCACUAAACAGAGUUCAUCUACAGACCUUACGGCCACGAACUCCACUACCUCCCUCCCUGAAACAAAGCCGCCGAAGAGAAAAUUCGUGUUCAAACUCUUCAAGUUCCUCCGUCGUACAAUUGCGACAGCAAUCAAGGGCCAUAUCGCGUUUGACCGCGCUAUGGCCAUUGCAGGAUCAGCACACACAAAGAACCUACUUGGAAUGCUACAGAAUCGCCACUUCGCCACGACACCUUUUGGGCCGCUGAAGUUCGACGCAAAGUUCGAACGCAAGAGAGGCGCAGCGGUUAUUGAUUCCUCCAAGGAGCCUCCUAUCCUAUAUUUCACCACAUAUCAGUCCGCCGGAUUGGAUGAUCUCCGGAUUGAGAGUCGGAAGAAGGGAUCUGUUUUAUUCCAGAUCCCUGUCACCGAGAUCAAGGAGUUGAAGAAGACCGAGGGACUCGGCUGGAAGGGGAAGUUGAUUGUUGAACUGACAGCUGGAAGUAAAGAAGCUGCGGGUGGACUGGUCAUUAGUGGUGAUGAGCUCGGCCAGUCUUACCAUCUUACUGGGAUGAGGUCGCGGAACCAGCUUUUCAAUCGGCUGGUUGCUAUUGACGCACAGUUCUGGGAAAGUCGUUGA